ACUAUCACAUUCUUCUUCUCGUCAAAUCUCACCACGAAUUUCGAUCCAUGGCCACAAAUCGCUCAUCCGCCAGUAAUUUCACCGAGAAGAACUGCGUUAUGCGUCACAUAAACAACGCCAGAUCAGAGAUGGAGCUUAGCGGUGAAAUCGUUGCCGGAAGUGAAAACGACGCGGCAGAUGGUAAAGACGAUGUGUACGGAGAGAUCGAGAAGGAUGGUGGUGGUAGUUGUCACGGAGACCAAUACGACGUGAUUUGGGCAAAUAACGGUGGUUUGAUCUCUUUCAACAACUGCAACAAAGCUUCUCAAAUCCAUGAUCUAAGAAAAUCCAUGGAAGUGGAGAGAGAUAGUCUCUCCGUCGCCGUCGCUGACGACAAGGCUCCGGCGGUCGAGGAUGGUUUGGUUAUUAACGGCGACUUCGAAACAUCACCGUCACAUGGCUUCCCAGACGACGGAGUAACCGACGGGCCAUCAGAUAUCCCAAGCUGGAAAUCCAACGGUACGGUGGAGCUAAUCAACUCCGGUCAAAAACAAGGCGGAAUGAUCCUCAUUGUCCCACAAGGCCGUCACGCCGUCCGAUUAGGCAACGACGCAGAGAUCAGCCAAGAUCUAACGGUGGAAAAAGGUUUUGUCUACUCAGUCACGUUCAGCGCAGCUCGCACGUGCGCUCAACUCGAAUCGAUAAACGUGUCGGUGGCGUCUGUGAACGCAGACGCGGAUGAUAUGGUUGCGUCGCGUAACGUGGAUUUGCAAACGCUAUAUAGCGUUCAAGGGUGGGAUCCUUACGCGUGGGCGUUUGAAGCGGAAGAUGAUCAUGUACGGUUGGUUUUUAAAAACCCGGGUAUGGAAGAUGACCCGACUUGUGGACCAAUCAUCGAUGACAUUGCUAUUAAGAAGCUCUUUACUCCUGAUAAACCCACAGACAAUGCGGUGAUUAAUGGAGAUUUCGAAGAAGGUCCAUGGAUGUUUAGGAACACGUCUCUUGGUGUUUUACUUCCGACAAACCUCGACGAAGAAACCUCGUCUCUUCCAGGUUGGACUGUCGAAUCAAACCGGGCGGUCCGGUUUGUUGACUCGGAUCACUUCUCUGUUCCAGGAGGCAAACGAGCCGUUGAGCUACUCUCAGGAAAAGAAGGCAUUAUUUCACAAAUGGUUGAGACCAAAGCAGAUAAGCCGUACACAUUGACUUUCUCGCUAGGACACGCAGGUGAUAAAUGCAAGGAACCAUUGGCUAUAAUGGCAUUCGCAGGUGAUCAGGCGCAAAACUUUCAUUACAUGGCGCAAGCGAACUCUAGUUUCGAAAAGGCGGGUUUGAAUUUCACGGCUAAGGCUGAUCGAACCAGAGUCGCGUUCUACAGUGUUUAUUACAAUACGAGGACUGAUGAUAUGAGCUCCUUGUGUGGACCUGUGAUCGAUGACGUUAGAGUUUGGUUCUCAGAGUCGAAGAGAAUCGGAGCUGGAUUUGGCUUUGAUCUUUUGCUAUGCCAGAAUCUUCCGGAUACUCAGUCUGAAUGACUUUUCAAAUCAGCUUCUUUCUGAUUCAAUCAUCUUCUACUUCUUUUUCAUUAAACAAUCUCAUUUUUGUGUUUCUGUGAUAGUUUUCACUCCAAAAAUGUUUCUUGCUUCUGGCAAAAAAAUAUUGCUUCUUUGAUGAUGUAACAUCCUGUUUAGAGUUUGGCUUUUUGGUGUUUAUUAUAUAUAAAUGUUCUUACUCCAU